GUGCUCAGUCUUCCACUUCCACCGCGAUGCCGGCGCAAACUCGCCAACGUGCCUCUGAUGUACACCCCUCGCCGAAUCAGCUUUCAUUCCGUGAAAAACUAGUACAGAAGGGCUCUUCGACCGAUGCAUUGCUCAAGAAACUCAAAGCUCUCCACACUGAACUUGCUAGCCUGGAUCAAGAACAAAUCGACACUUCCUCCCUCUCAACGGUUCGAAAGGAACUGAUAAGCAACUCCAUUCUUCAUCACAAGGAUCGAGGAGUGAAGGCUUAUGCUGCCUGCUGCUUAGCAGACAUCUUGCGUUUAUACGCGCCCGACGCCCCUUAUACGCAACCCGAACUCCGCGACAUCUUCCAGUUCUUCUUCCGACAACUUACGGCUGGACUAAAAAGCCAAGAAUCUCCGUAUUACAGCGAAUACUUUCACCUGCUGGAGUCACUUUCGACUGUGAAGAGCGUCGUUCUCGUUUGCGACCUCCCCAAUGUAGAAGAACUCAUGGAGGAGAUUUUUCGCGAUUUUUUUGCCCUCGUGCGAAACAAUUUCGCGAAAAAGAUCGAACUUUUCUUGUCGGAUAUCCUGGUCGCGAUAAUAGACGAGGCACAGACUGUGCCCUCUGGGGUUCUGGACCUGAUUUUGGCUCAGUUUAUGGACAAAAACGCAAAAAUAGAACAACCAGCGUAUCGUCUUGCGGUCUCAGUUUGCAACGAAACUUCCGACAAACUGCAGCGCCACGUCUCGCUAUACUUCAGCGACAUCAUCCUUGCCCAUGGCGACGAAGAAGACAAAGACGACAUGAGUGCUGCUCACAAUCUUAUCAAGCGUCUACAUUCUUCCUGUCCCGGUCUUCUCCUUAGUGUUAUACCACAACUGGAGGAGGAACUUCACAUGGAAUCUGUUUCGAUGCGUGGGUUCGCAACUUCUACAUUAGGUGAAAUGUUUGGAGACAAGAACGGGCCAGAAUUGUACAAGAACUUCUCAUCCACCUGGACAGCGUGGAUAUCGAGGUCCAAUGAUAGGUCCAGUGUUAUCAGACUGAAGUUUGUGGAGUCCUCGAAGGGACUAUAUUCCACAACGUUGCUGGAGAUGAGAGAAGCCUUCGAAACUGCUUUAGGUCGGAAGUUACUUGAUCCAGAUGAGAAAGUACGGGCAGCCGUUUGCAAACUAUAUUCUGAGCUCGAUUAUGAGACUGCUUCGCAUCACGUCUCGUCUCAACAACUCAAGGCCGUGAUCGCGCGUGUAGCUGAUAGGAAGCCCAUUGUACGUCAAGCGGCAGCUACGAGCGUUGCUAGACUCUAUAGCCUCGCGCUCCCGGAGAUUGAAAACAAUGAUGCCAACGCCAUUGAAAACUUCUCUUGGAUACCAGCAGAACUGCUCAACAGCCUCAGGUUAACAGAAUGCAGGCCGGCAAUAGAGCAGGCGUUCUACGAGCACAUUUUACCCUUACCUACAUCGAGUUCAGGACCCUCUACCAGCACCUCAAAAGGAACGAUCGUGGAUAUUGAUGAGGUCGCCUGGACAAACCGCUUACUGAGUACUAUCCUCUACAUCCCAGAAGGAUGUAUGAUCCAGUUUCUCACCCUCACUAAUAUCCGAGACAUCCGCCCAACUUCCUAUGAGGCAUUUAUCAGCGCAUGUGUCCAGAAUAAUGGUGGAGUUAUCGAUGAGAAUGAGGACAUCGUGAAGAAGAGAUUGGAUGGUAUGACUCGAGUGGUUGCAGGGUCAUUCCCAGACCCCGUAAAGGCCGCAGAAGACCUCCGUACCUUCGCAAAACUAAACGAAAGCCGGCUGUACAAAGUCCUCAGGACAUGCAUGGACGUCCAAAUCGAUCUAAAGGGCCUCGUCAAGGCGACAAGUGAAUUUACUCGUCGACUCGAACAAGUUUCCAGCAGCCUUCUACCUACGAUGUCAAUCUUCUUGCGACGCGCCAGUCUCCGAAUCGUCAAUCGUUCCUCUAUACCAACCCUCCUCAAAGCAGUACAACAUGGAAAGUCUUCAAGUAAAGGAAGGACAGUUACCAAGUCCUUACAGGCAGCGAAAAAUGCACAGUUACUUCUGACGUGGACGUCGAAAUACUGUGCCGCACUAUAUAAGUCGCAUGUUGACGAGCUGAUGACGGUGAUACAGGAAAACAGUAACGGCACGUCAGUGACAGUUGCACUCCAAGGGCUUGCAGAAGUGACGAGACGCGACCAGAGUGUUAGGCCGAGCGAACCCGAAGCACUGCAGAAAAUCCGGGAAUUUGCGCUGGGUUCAAAUCGCAGACAUGCCAAGUUCGCCGCGCGGUUCUUGGCACUUUGCGAUACGAGGGCCGAGUGUAGGUGGUUAGCUGAGUCGAUAUCGGAUUCUCUCGAAGACCUUUCAACCGACCAACUAGUGGCUCACCUCGCUGUACUCGAUCAGUUUAUUCGCUUUAUACCAGAUGUAUUCGAACACAAAAGCGAUGUUAUCACCGUGUUCUUGUUGAAGAAGCUGCUAAUGGCUUCGGAUCCUGUGUCAGAGGAGGAAGAACAAAACGGGGAGGAAUGGGCACCUGACGAAGAACUCCCGGAUCAGACAAGAGCCAAAAUCACGGCACUCAAAAUUUUCCGACAUCGUAGUCUUGCACAUUCAUGGUCACCCAAGGCGCUUGAACUAUCUACUCCUGUUUUGAAGCUUCUGGCCACCCUUGUAGACCAGGACGGUUCUUUAGUGACGGAUGAACCACAAGACCGAAAGGUCUUGUCUCGAGUACGAUUGCAGGCGGCUAUUUCGCUACUUCACCUGUCGACUGUGGAAGUCUAUCUUGGCGCUCUGGCACCAAAGUUUUUGCGACUCGCUCUCGUCGUACAGGACCCUUGCUUUGAGGUUCGACAAACUUUUGUCACAAAAGUCAUCGGCAUGCUAGUGAGCCACAAGCUGCACGAAAAAUUUAACACUUUACCCUUCUUGACCGCUCAUGAUCCUGAAGACGAGAUCAGACACUACACUAUGCUCUACGUCUCGCGCCACCUCAGGCACUUAUCUCCAGCGAUGAGAGUCAAAUCCUUUGACUUCGUUUUCAUCAGGCUGUUGCACAUCCUCGCGCACCAUCCAGACUUUCACCGGACGGAGAAAGGCGCAUUGAUUGAUAUGGCCAGGUACAUCAUGUUUUAUGUCAACCUGGCCGCAAAUCAAGAAACAAUAUCACUACUAUUUCAUUUAGCGAUGAAAGGCAAAACAGUUCAGGAUGCUGAGUCAGAGGAAUCCAGCGAAAACUUCUAUGUUCUUUGUGACAUGGCCCAAGAGCUUCUCAAAGCAGUCGCGCAGCAACACUCGUGGAAUAUCCAGAGCUAUCCAGGCAAAGUCAAACUCCCUUCGGAUAUUCUUCGCCCUCACCCCAAUGUGGAAUCUGCUAACCGGAAAUUUUAUCUGUCUGAUGAAGCAAUCUCGUGGGUCGUUGAACUCGUGGACCCGCCCAAAGAAAAGAGAGAGCGAAAGGCACCGAAACGUAGGGCUGCACCGGCCACUAAUGGUCAAGUCAAGCGUUCGAGAAAGAAGAAACGACGAUCUACAGCUGACGAUGAGGAAGAUGAAGACACGGAUCCAUAUACAAGCGACGUGGAUAUGAUGACGGAUCCUCCUCACGAGACACAUGCGUCGGAGGAAGAAGUAGAAGAGGAAAGAUCUGAUGGAGAGGAGAUACUGGGAAGAGGGGCUCGGAGUCGGGCAAAGGCAAAAGCGAAAAGACUAGCGGUGAAACAGAAGAAAGGCUGACACCCUAGCCUAACCCUAUCCACGCUGAGGUCGAUUCGUUUAAUGAUGUUCUAGUUGCAUUUAUUCCUGUAUUGUAGCUCUUUUACUUCCUUGUCCUUAGCCUUCUAUUGUGUUACAUUUAGUAGCCACAACUUGCUUCUUCUGUCUCUACAUCUUUCACUGUUGUAUUGUUAUAUUUCCUAACUUACUUGCCUCAGACGGUUUACAC